CUGUACCCAAGUGCGGAUUCAGUCAGAUUUUAUCCAUCUCCGGACGAAAAGAAAUUUACACGUAUUUUUCUUUGAAAAGGAGGUAGCUACAUACUAACUGCUACCGAUGGCUGAUGUAAAGAAGCUGGUGUUUUCCAUGAUACGGUUUCUACAAGACCAGAGAACCCAGCUAGAGGAGGAACAAGCCGAAAGUUUAGAAGUUGCCAUCCAGUGUUUAGAGUCCUCUUAUGGUAUUGAUACAUCAGAUGAACAGACUGUAGCCAAGUAUCAAGUACAGAAAAAUUUGCUCGAUAUUUUCAACGCACAGCUGAAUAUAGAGACUGAUCAAGAUUUCUCUACUUUAUCACUUCACGAAGCAACACCUGAAGAAAAAGAAGAGGCAGAAAUACUGAAAAAUAAAGGAAAUGAUUUCAUGAAAUCAGAGAAAUUUUCAGACGCUAUAGAAUCUUAUUCCCAGGCAUUGAAACUGGAUAAUAAAAAUGCUGUUUAUUACUGUAAUAGGGCUGCAGCUUACAGCAAAUUGAAUAAACACAAAAACGCUAUAGAAGAUUGUCAGAGAGCAUUGACUAUAGAUCCAUUAUAUAGUAAAGCUUAUGGUAGAAUGGGAAUUGCAUAUACAGCGUUAGAAGAUCAUGAAAGUGCAUUAGAAUGUUACAGAAAAGCCUUGGAGUUAGAUCCAGGAAACCAGAGUUACCAGAAUAAUCUUGAAAUUGCUGAACAAAAGUUACAGGAAAUGGCUGCACAGAGUGGUUUCAACAUGGGUAUGGGAGGUUUGCCGGGUAUGGGAGGUAUGCCAGGUAUGCCAAACCUUGGAUCAAUGUUGAACAACCCAGCCAUGAUGCAGAUGGUAAGUUUGAGCUAUAUGGUAUAUUGUUUGUCACAUACUACAGGAUUUGCCAUGAUUCUUUUUAAAAAGCUUCAUGAUGAUAACUGCAGGGCUAAGAAUAUUUUACCAUUUCCAUCAUUUAAUUGUAGGGGUCAACAAUUAGCGCAACAAAUGCAACAGCAAAAUCCUGAGUUAGUAAAUCAACUACGAUCACAGAUGGGAAGACCACCAAACCCAGAUGACCCAAACCCAGAUCAGCCACCACCUGGGCCAGGUUGA